GGCGCAACGGCACACGCUUCGCACAUCUCAACGUUGCUGGCGCAGUGGUCUGUUGGGAAACCGCCGCGGCGAUGCUGGCCAAACGAAAGAAGCAGCAGCGCGUGCGGAGAACAGCGUCAUCACUCAGCAGCGGCACAACAGCUGGUGCCACUGCCACUGGCGCUGGCAGCACAGGCGCUGGAGGCCUUGCUGGCCAUGGCGCUGCGCUGCCCUUCAGAGCACGUGCAGGCCCGAUCAUGCGCGAGCUUCUUGCCGACUUCUUCAGCAUUUCCAAUUUGCUCAUGGGCUGCAUCACCGCCAGCAUGGUGGCUGCACUCGCCAUCCUCGUCAUUGGGUUCUUCGGCCUCGGCACCACGGACCUGGAAUCCAUUCACCCGGUCCCCUCAGAGCUGGCGAGGAACCAAGGGUUCACCUUGACCAACGUCUCCUACCACGCUACGACCGAGAGCUGUGGGGACUACGGCACCGACGUUGACGUGGGCUUCAAGCACUUCCGCGGCAUGCAGUGCGUGGAGACCAAGUACAAGGCCAAGCGCCUCCCCUCUUUCCCCGACACGCUGGAUUCUGCCAUCCUCGUCACCAAGACCUUCCGCUCCGAGGCCCACGCGCGCGCGUACUACUGGUACUUUUGGGACAAGCAGGUGCAGACGCUUGUGCCGCACAUGGUGCUCCUCAACGUCACCACCACCUCCCCAUCCAUCGGCGACGAGACGUGCGUGCUGAUGUGGGAUCCAUCGCUGCUGCCUGCGGAGAACAAAGCAGCGCACCCGCCAACAGACCAGGCGUUGCGCAAGCACGUCGUGUUUGUGUUCCUCACACGCCGCACGUUUGUCAAGCUGUGGGUGAAGAGCCAUCCGGGUAAGGCUGCAUCCAACUUGGCCACAGAUGACCUCGUGGCCAUGGCGCGCGUCGUGCACGCGCACGUGCAGUCCACCGAUCCCGCCGCCCUGCUGCGCGCAUUUCAGGCCUUCUACAACCACAUGGCCACCGCCGCCGCUGCGCGCGUGCGCCGCUACGUUCCACCCCGCAUUUUGUCUGCGUGUACCGCUGUCGCCAGCCGCGCAUCUGCCGCAUGGGCGACCGUGUCAGCGCCGUUCUCCUCAUCCACUGGGCGCAACACUCGCGCGACCUCCAAGGCGCGCAGCAAAGCCACCGCAGCACCACCCUCCCAGCAAGGUACAUCAUCAUCAUCAUCGUCGUCGUCAUCAUCGGGUCGUGCAAGCAGCAGCAGCAGCAGCAGCAGCAGUACGGUUGAUGCGCCCACCCCGGCACAGGCCGUGCCCACCACCAGGGGGUCGCAGCUGCAGGAUGUGGGCACGUUUUCAGCAACUGCGGGCGAUGGCGGUGAUGACGACGACGAUCACGGUCUGCUCAUGGGAACGCCGAUUCCUUCGCCGUCACCGCGCCAACGCCGCCGCCACGCGAAAGCACCCAGUCUUCCUGCUGGUAGCGGCGGCAGUGAUGAUGGUGGUGGUGGUGGUGGUGACGAUGGUGGUGGUGAUGAAGACGAGGUGUCAUUUGUCUGGGAGUUUUUGUCCGGCAUUUCCUGGCGGGAUUUCAUUCCAAUAUCGCAAGAGGAGAGCGACUCACACACCCUCUCCGCUGCCGAGGUGCUGCGAAAGCUGCUGGGCAUGCUCGUCACCAUCGUCGUGCUUCCUCUUCUCGCCGCGCUUCCUUGGCCGCCCCGCUCUCCACACGUGCAGUGAUGCAUCAUCACUUCAUCAACACCACUCAUCGCCAUGCUGUGUGACGCUGUGGUGCCAGGUUGCUGUGUCACUGGCAUGUGCGUGUGUGUGUUGGGUGUGUUGGCUCCCUUCCCUGCUGAUUCGCCGCCAUCUUACUGCGAUGGCGACCCAUGCGUGACACUGCUACCACUGUACAUGAAAGCGGGCUGGCUGGCUGGUGUGGAUUUUUGUUGGUUGUCGUCGUCUAGGUGUCGUGGUUUCGUCUGAACAUAAGUGAACAGAACCCCUCC